AUGGACCCCUUCGUAUCACAAAAAUCCCACCAAGUGGACGAGAGGCUCUCCGUUCUCAAUCACCCACCAAAACGCUUGAAUGGGCCAAGUCUGUUGCAUCUUCUCGUUCACCAAACGUCUGCAGAGCCGGCUAUUGAUUUCUUGGACGAUGAGGGCCGCCAGAUCUCCAUCUCAUACCCCCAACUACACCAUGCGUCCAGCGCUCUUGCAUCCGCAAUUCAAGCACAGGUUGGGUCCCGGGAUAACAGCAGACAGUUUGUCGUUCCUGUCCUUGUCCCGCAAGGCCCAAACCUGUACAUUGCACUGCUAGCCAUUCUGAAAGCCGGCGGUGCCUUUUGCCCGCUCAACUUGGACGUUCCCCUCGAGAGAGGCCAGUUCAUCCUCGACGACGUGGAAGCCAAAGUAGUCAUCACGACCCACGAGCUGGCCAACAAGCUUCCACCAGUCGGCCAAACCGGGCGGAUUGUGCUCCUCGUUGGAGAGGACACACCAGCCAGGGUUGCCAGGCAAUCAACAGGUGAUCCACAGCACUAUGAGCCGAAGCCUCACGAUCUGGCCUACGUGAUGUACACUUCAGGCUCAACCGGCACACCAAAAGGAGUUGGUGUCUCGCAUGACGCAGCAACUCAAAGUUUGCUCGCCCAUGAUCGACACGUCCCGCCGUUCUCGAGAUUUCUUCAGUUCGCAGCUCCAACCUUUGACGUGUCCGUGUUUGAGAUAUUCUUUCCACUCUUCAGAGGCAAGACCCUGGUGAGCUGCACACGAGGUGCAAUGCUUAACGACCUGCCGGGUAUCAUCAGGCGAAUGUCGGUCGAUGCUUGUGAGCUGACCCCAAGUGUGGCGGGCAGCUUGCUUCGAAAACGCGAUAGUGCUCCCUGUCUGCAGCUUCUUCUCACCAUUGGAGAGAUGCUCACAAAGCCUGUGGUUGAGGAAUUCGGCGGCAGCGAGGAGAAGGAAAGCAUGCUUUGGGGUAUGUAUGGGCCAACCGAGGCCGCCAUUCACUGCACCGUUCAGCCCUCUUUUGCUUGCAGCAUGUCCACAGCCAACAUUGGCAUCCCGUUCGACACGGUGUCUGCAUUUGUACUCAACAUUCCCGAGGACGAGUCCGAGCCUCCAGACUUUAGAGUUCUCUCGCUUGGGGAAGUCGGAGAGCUUGCUGUCGGUGGACCUCAAGUUGCAGACUGCUACGUCAACCGGCCCGAGAUGACAGCAAAGGCCUUUGUCGAAACGCCAUACGGCCGUUUGUACCGAACAGGAGACAAGGCACGCAUACUGCCCGACGGCACGCUUGAGUGUUUGGGACGCAUAGGAGGCGGCCAGGUCAAGCUCCGUGGGCAGCGAAUGGAGCUUGGAGAGGUGGAACAUGCCGCGCUGAGAACGACAGGUUGUCAUAGCGCUGUCGCCGCAGUCAUCAACUCGAUCCUGGUUCUCUUCUGUGCAGUGGAUCAUACGGAUGGCAUGGCCAACGCCGUGGAAGCUUCCUGUCGCGCUUGGCUCCCGGGGUUCAUGUUGCCUGGUGACGUUAUCGUCAUGAAUGCCUUUCCUCGACUCCCCUCAGGCAAAAUCGAUCGGAAGAGACUUGUUACCGAGUACAACAACUCACAAGCGGGGUCUGAGGUCAUUCAACAGGGAAUUUUCAGAGAUGAUUUUGAACGAAAACUGUGCUCUUUGGCCGCGACCGUUCUCGGCACCGAGGUGAAACCGGGUCAGAACUUGCUUCAAAUGGGCCUUGAUUCACUAGCUGCUAUACGACUUGCCUCCUUAUUACGCCAGGCCGGUAUUGAUAGUGAUGCGAUCGAGAUCUUGAGGUCCCGCACAAUCUCAGCGCUGCAUGCAUGCGUGUCCGAAAAGCAAGGCCAUCGACCAGCCUCCAUUCUGGAUACCUUUCACCCCCGCGCAUGGCAACCAGACGUCCCGUCAGUACUCGCGCAGAGGUCUGAGCUGUUUAGAGACAACAGGCCGGUUCAGUCGGUUUACCCCUGCACACCCCUCCAGAUCUCGAUGCUCGCCGAAACUGCAGCCAAUCCUCGUGCAUAUUGCAACUGGAUCAAACUUCGGUUCCCAAUCCCUUGCUCGCCAGACUCCGUCCGCUCUUGGUUCUUGAGGCUUGUUGAGAGAAAUGAGAUACUGCGUACCGGCUUUGUCCACCACGAUGGUGACUUUUUUCAAGUCGUCUUUGAACGCGCCUGCGAAUCAUGCAUCUCAUUCUCAGACUCGCCAGUUUGUGAGUUUGAACUGCGAGAUGACCAGGACUUUCUCACGCCUUUCAAGGUGCAAAUCUCGGAUGCUCAAACCAUCGGUGAACCCGCUGAUGUUGAGGCUGUGGUACACCUUCAUCAUGCGAUAUAUGAUGGCUGGUCAUGGGACUUGGCUAUGGCUGACCUUGCGGCGCUUAUGCAAGGAGAACAGCUUGGAGAGCGCCCACAGUUCAGCAAGAUCGCCUACUACUAUGCCUCCCCGUCUUUCCGUCACAUUUCGGAUGCUGCUAAAGAAUUUUGGGCGGUAAAUCUUCGAGGGUUCCAACCAGCGGCGCUUCCGAUCUUACGAGCUGGCACAGCAAAGGUGCCUACUACCUCUACCUCCAGUGUCAUUGUGGACAUCAACCCAAACGAACUAAGGAGAUCACUAGAUGACAUCCAGUGCGGGAUUCAGACCAUCUUCCAGGCUUCGGUCGCCUGGAUCUGGAGUGCUAUGGUUGGGAGUGACGAUGUUGUGGUCGGUACCGUGACAUCUGGCAGGACACUGCCAAUCUCGAUGAUCGAGGAUGUGAUGGGGCCUUGCAUCGCCACAGUGCCACUUCGUACCGACUUCUCACAAGUCAGCAGUAUUGCCGAUCUCCUUGUCAGCACUCAAGCGACCAGUAGAGCCAUUCUCGAAUACAGUACCUUGCCUCUUUCAGAGAUCAGGCGGGCAGCGGGAAUCCGGCCAGGGCAGCCCUUUUAUGAUGUUUUGUUCGUUUAUCAGCAAUCACUUCAAACCAGCAAACCAGACUGUGUCAGGGGAUUCGAAGAGGUUGGCCAUCAGGAUUUCUUGGAAACGCAGCUUGUUGUCGAGGUGGAGCCAAGAGCCCAUGACUUUGUUCUCCGUAUUACAUCGCACGAGAACACGUUCCCUGACCAGCAGGCCAUAGCCCUGGGCUGUUGUAUCGCCGAGAUGGCUUCAUGGAUGCUCAGGAACCUCGACUCCAAGAUUACAGGGAUACAAGUAGCCUUCUCCCAGUCGCUCCUCUCCGUAUUCAACCCCAAGCCGGUGACCUUUGCUGGAGUUCCUGAUCUAGCCCACGCCAUUGACGUGGUGGUCGCAAACCACCCUGACAAGGAAGCUCUGUGCUUUGCACAUCGUAUUUCGGAUGAUCUUGUCAAAACAACCACGUUAUCAUUUGCCCAGCUCAACCAAACCGCCAAUCAAAUUGCAUGGCACCUUCAAAAACAUGGGCUGAAGGAGGGGGCAGUUGUGGCCAUUAUCAUGGAGAAGUCCGUCCUCCUCUACGCUGGUAUCCUUGCCAUCCUCAAAGCUGGCUGUGGCUAUCUACCCCUUCUGCCCACUACACCGGAGACGCGUAUCGGCACCAUUCUGCAGCAGGCCGCAGUCAGUUUCUGCCUCACGGACAGGAUCACUCGAGACAAACUAUCCCCUCAGCUUUGCCCCACUAUCAUGGACCUCGACGGGCUCGAAUACAUGUCGCUUCCAGUUAAGGCUAUUACACCAAACCCUGACCCCUCGAGGCUAGCCUAUGUCAUCUACACAUCUGGCAGCACCGGUGUACCGAAGGGGGUUUGCGUGACCCAGUUAAACAUCAUGAGCAAUCUCGAUGUUUUGUCCAGAAUCUACCCUGUAAAGGGCUGCUCCAGACUGCUUCAGUCUUGUUCUCAGGCAUUUGAUGUCUCAGUCUUUGAGGUAUUUUUCGCCUGGACCCAAGGCAUGUGCCUCUGCUCUGGCAAAAACGACAUCCUCUUUGAGGAUCUCGAGAGAUCAAUCAGGAUGCUUGGGGUCACCCACUUAAGCAUGACCCCAACAGUGGCAUCUCUGGUCGAUCCGGACAAGGUUCCAGCGGUGGAGUUUCUGGUGACGGCCGGCGAAGCCAUGACGGAGGCAGUCGCCAAGAAAUGGGGGAGGAAGCUGUUCCAGGGGUACGGCCCGUCAGAGACUACAAACAUCUGCAGUGUGAAGAAGAUGGGGCCGAACCAGGCAAUCCAGCAUCUUGGUUGGUCUUUUGAAAACACUUCGACUGUUGUUUUGUUCAAGGAUAGUGAACACGUUGUUCCACUGGGCUGCCUCGGCGAAUUUUGCUUUGGCGGUGAUCAGGUUGCCCAGGGAUAUCUCGCCAUGCCCGCCCUAACUUCAUCAAAAUUCAUCGAUCACCCCACCUAUGGUAGGCUCUAUCGAUCCGGAGAUAUUGGACGUAUGCUGCCGGAUGGAUCAAUGGUCAUUCUUGGUCGCGUGGACGACCAGGUUAAGCUCCGCGGACAGCGGGUGGAGCUGGGGGAGAUCACAGCGACUUUGCGGCUCUCGAGUGCGGUCGAGGAUUGUGCAAGUCUGUUCUUGCGAGCGGGACCGAAAGACUCCCGGGAUCAAAUAGUCUCUUACUUUGUCCCCAGCGGCAUCCAAGCAAACGAAUAUUCUCUGGUGGAGCUCAACAAUGAUCUCCGACAAAAGGUGCAGUCGCUGUUUCGAGUGCUCACUUCAAAAUUACCGCAGUACAUGGUGCCAUCGGCGAUACUCCCCAUUUCCGUCUUGCCGACCACAGCGUCUGGAAAGUUGGACAGGGAACGGCUUACCGCCUCCUACCGAAUGCUCAGCCAAGAGUACCUCGCAUCGGUGACCGAUCACGUCGCCGACAACGACGAGGACCAUGAGGGAUGGACAACAGCCGAGCAGAAAGUAGCUCGUGUGGUUACAGAGGCCCUCAAGAUUUCAAGGCAUGAGGUCCAACGAUGGACAUCUCUGGUUACGCUUGGUCUGGACUCCAUCUCUGCCAUUCAAUUGGCGAGGUCAUUCUACUCACAACUUGGUCAACGCAUUCCGAUCUCGACCAUCCUGCAAAAUCCAAAUGUUUCCCGGCUUGCUAAGAUCCUUCUCGAUCUCGAAAAAACAACAUCCGAGCCACCAAAAGUCCAGGACCUGUUACCGAAGACCCUCUUGGCGUCGCUGAAGGAAAUACUUCGACAGCAAGGAACAUCGGCUCAAGAGAUUCUACCAUGUACCCCGUUGCAAGAGGGAAUGUUGGCAGCCACGGCGAGCAAGGAAGCCUAUAUCAAUCGCAUGCUGUUUCUCCCUGGAACGCGAUGGUUUUACGACAUGGCAUUCUUCGGACCUGCUUUAUGA